AUGUACUAUGAUUAUGGUGGCGAGGCGCUUGCUAUGGAUAAAUGGCUAUUAGAGCCGCUGUUACGGCUGCCCCUUCAGCACGUGAAAACACAAACGCUGCCGAAUGCGGAUGAUAACCGUGGGUCGCCGGUAAGUCGUGAGGCUGCUGGACUAAAUAUUGUUGAGCGUGGGCCUUCCUCUAACACAAGUACUAGUGUUUCUUUUGAGUGA